AUGGCAAACCGAUCCCUCAAGAAAGUGAUAGAAACAUCAUCAAACAAUGGUCACGAUUUAUUAACUUGGAUAACCACCAAUUUGGAAAAGCUUAUAUGUUUGAAAGAAGUUAAUGAUAAUGAAAUACAGGAGGUUAAGGAAAUACACACUCAACUGGAUGAGUUUGUGAGGUAUAUCUCCGUACUAGAAAAUACGGAUGAUUUAGAACUGCAUUCAGUGUUUAUCAGUUUGUCUCAGCUCUAUACGAUUUCCAUAUGGCGUUUGAAGGACGAAUAUCCUGGUGUAGUUUUUGAUUCCGCAGCAUUCUUAACAAACGUAUUGUGUGAAGAAGAUGUAUCCAUUGAUGAUGGAGAUACCGACCCUAACCAAAAGAAAAAAAAGAAGAAGUCAAGUACAAAAAAAAAAAAGUACAUAUACUCACCGGCAAAAGAUAUCGCAUGUACCAUACUUGUUCAAUUAUUUGAAAAUUUUGGAAGUAGCAUCUCUUCCUUAAUCCCAUUGUUAUUUAAUGCUAUUUUCAAAAACCUGAAAAAAAUUAUGGAGAAAAGUAAAUAUUAUCAUGCUACCUUCAUGACAACCCUUCUUCAGCUUUUUAAUGCGAUUCUAAGAAAUUCCAAUAAUGAUGAUAAAAUCCUUGAUCCAGCCACAUAUGCGAAAUUUUCGAAACUAUCCAAAACCGUUUUUGACAGUAUUUCCACUGAUGAGAAGGACUUUUCAGUUACUUUUGUGUCUGUCCUAAUUGAAUGCUGGACAGCUCAUUUCAAACAAACUAAUUUUAUCAGAGAGCACUCCCAUGAUAUUAUAGAGACCAUAUAUUCUAGAUUUACCGAAGGUGAAAUAGGUGUUUAUGGUUUUGCAAACGACGAAACUCGUAUCUUUACCGCAAAAUCUUUAGCGGAGAUAUUAUUUGAUUAUUACUUUUCUAAAAAUAUUUUAACUCUACAAGAAGUAUGGUCCAUCUACGUUAAGAUAUUCUUAAACUGUGAUACACGAGACGUGGAAAGUGGUUGCUUCGAAUCUAUUAUUCAUUUGAUAAACUUGAAUUUAUUAGCUGACAACACUUUUUUGAGUAACUCAAAAUAUUUGGAUAUAGUUCUCUCUUUAAGCGGCGUCUUCAGCAGUUACGAAGUGAAUAAUAGGAGCAUGAAUACAUUAUCAAGGUAUUUGAGAUACUUUCAACAUAUGCAUGAAGUAAUAUUGCCACAUUUGAAUGAUUCUGCAAAGACUCAAAUGUUGUACUACAUCCUAGGUUGUUCUGAUACUUACCAGAGCUCCUCUAAAAGUGAUUCAGCUUCAAAUUUCAAAUAUAGUAUUGAUGCGAAGCCUGAAACACAGUGGCUUACAUUACUGCAGCUUGACUUCACGUAUGUGUUAAUCAGCGACUUAGGUUCUACUUUCACCACUGAGGAAAAUACCGUUAAAGAGAUUAGAGAUAAACUGGUUGAUUUAGCUACAUGUGAAAUCUUUACGAUACGAGUUCACACUGUGGAAAUUUUGAAGGUUUUUUUGAACAACUGUCCAGAAUAUCUUUCGGAGACCAUUGAAAACUCCUUACGUGCACUAUCCACUGAUUUUAAAUCUACAGGAAAAUUUAUUUUUCAUAAAAAUCAUGGCCAUGCUUUUAUAAUAGCAAAUCUAAUCAAAGGUGCCGAGAGCGAUUAUAUUUCCUAUGAGUUGAUCAUGAGAAUUACAGUGUUUUCUACAUCAUUCAUUAAGAAUAAUACUACAUCUACCUCUUCUAAUUUGUACUUCAAGGGUCUUUUAUGCUGGAUAUUAUUGAUAGGAUUGAUGAAUUAUAAAGAUGAACAGUAUUUGAAGCUGCAGAUACCCCAACUAUUUCUUUUCUGGAAAGUUUUAUUAACACAUACCUACACAUACCACGACGAGGAUGAAUUAUACAAGAACCUAGAAAUCCGAAAUCAUGCAUUGACUUGUUUAUUGACGUAUUUAAGCAAUACGACAAUUGAUAAAGAAAUGGCUAAACAAGUAUCAUAUUUGCUAACUAAGUGCUCCAAUUUUAAUCAUUCCAUUGACCUGAAAUCGAAAAACAUUGACAAUGCUUUACUGCAUAAUGAAAACAGAAUUUUACAGGUAUACCUUAAGCUGGAGAAAUACAUAAAUAGCGAUUUUAAUAGUUCUUUACUAAUAUUAAUCGUGAAGAAUUUUUCAGAUCCCAAUCUUUACACCGAGUCAAGUAGUUCCGUUUUGGGAAGCUUGAAAGAUAUUGGUAACAGGAAAGUGAGUAACAAGGACGACAUGGAAAGUAAUAUAGUAUUAGAAUCUUCAAUUAAUACUUUACUUCGUCAAAACAACGGCUUUGCAUUCGGCCUAUCCAGCAAAAUAACUGGGGACCGUAUCGUGAAUUUAUCGAUGUCCAGUGCUUACAAGUAUGAUGAAUCAAUAAGUGGAAGUUGGCCAUCCAAGGAUUACAAUUGGUACAAUAUUUUCGAAGUAGAAGUAUCAAAACCAAUUUCACCCAUUUUAUCUUUAGAUUCACUGAUUCUACUAUAUGGAUCUGGGUCUUAUUCCCAAAUUGACCGCUACGCACCUCAGGUCACUACAUCUUUAAUCGACUCUUCUAUGGAACUUUUUUCAUCUGUAUUCCCUUUUUUGAAUAGCAAAAUACAGUAUUCCAUUAUGGAAACUUUAAAUUUGUCCAUGUUCUCCAAAAUGACUACACCAUUGAGAAGCGUGGCUGUGGCUGCUAAUGUUUGUAGUGCUCUGCAUAAUGCUUUACGCAUCAUGCAAGAAAACAAUCUAGAGUUGGACUAUUCAGUGGGGCAGCUAAUUAUCGAAUCAAUAAAGAAGAUUCAGUUUUUUAAUGACAUUUUUCUCACAAAAAUCAAGGCAGAUUGUGUAGGAUUGCUGACAGCGGCUAUCGCAAGAACACUUGGCGAUGAAGAAAGACAAAAAUUCCUUACAGAGCAAUCAAGAAUAUUCAUUAAAAACGUCGCAGAUAUGGACGAACCAUACUUAAGGAUGUUUCAUGUCUUAUCAUUGGCUACAAUUUUUAAAUAUAACUCACAAUAUGCUAAUUUUGAAGAAUACUUUGAUGUAAUUUUUGCAUUAAUGAGGGAUCCACACCCUGUUGUUCAUUCAUGGUCAUUGAAAGCAAUGCAUAUUCUUCUUGAGAAACAUUUAGUGAUUGAUUUAAAGACGGCAGCUCUGUUGCUAAGUUCUAUGGAAGAGCUUUUGGUCCAGGAUAAGUAUGGUAUUUACGGACGCUCUACUCUUCGCUGUAACUAUAAUAGGGACUUUAAUUCUCACGUAGCAAUCGGUGAAAUUUCAAGGACAUUGACUGAAACUGUGGGGCCAAAUUUUCUAGAACUUAACACCAAGGUUCUUGAUUCGUUCAGAAACAUUACACUCUCCAUGUUAAUUUCAAAUAAUAUUCUCAACAGCAUAACCAGCAUUAAAAUGUUUGAAAACAUAGCUACUUUUAAAAUGAAAAACAUUCUAAACUAUGAAAUCUUUAUUCUUGCUUCUAAGAGCAUAAUUAAAAGUUCAAUAGUGACUGGAAUAGGCUCAUCAUAUUUUGACACUACAUUCACGGGCUCAAAUGAACUCAUUUCUCGAACUUCAAGUCUGAAAGGCGCCUUUGAAAACUUUGAUUUAUUGACGUUGUUGUACAAAUUACAGAUGGAGGAAUUUUUCAUGAAAGAAAUGGAAAAUUUGAGCUGGAGAUAUCUCGCACUUUUUCCAAAUUCCGGUUCUGUCAAGAAUUAUUUUACCGAAUGGAUAUUACAUACUUUCAAAAGAGAUAAUCAUUGGUUCGAUAAAUUAUACUCAAUAUUUAAUAUGAGUUUAGGAAGACUCUUCCAAAGCUAUAACAGAGACGUUUCAGCCCUACUAGAGGUAAAUGGCCUAAAAAAAUCUUCAGAAAAGGAAAUUAAAGGCGAAGAAGAAGAAUCAAUAGCGAAUGUUAACCAACUGACUGACACAGAUGCUGGUGGUCUCGACUCUGAGAACCUGCAAUGGAAGAGCAGACAGAUUAUCUUAAAUUUAAUAUUAAUGUUGUGCUUAGAAUCCGAAAAAUAUGAAAAUCUGCUCCUUGCCCUCAGCAACAAAAUUGCAGAUCUCAUUAAAAUAUCAUUUCGUGGAUCUACAGUGAGGAAUGAAGGCAUGAAGUUAACGGGACUACACAUUUUGAAUUUUGUUCUCAAGAACUACUCCACCAUGAGAGAUCCUCAGGUUCCUGGAUCGUCGAUUUUAGAACAGCAAGAGGCCCAAAUAACUAGCGCAUUAAUGCCUGCUUUUAGUAAAGGAAGCUCACCUACUGUAAUGUCCUUUGCUAUUACUGUUGCUGCUGAAGUGUUGGCAUCGAAUAUAAUGCCACCAGAUAAAUUGGGAAGAAUUUCACAAUUACUAAUUGACCUUCUUGGUAACUUUAAAGAUCCUAAUUCCGGUAUACGGAUAGGGGAAGCUAUAAUCGUUACACCCAAAGCGAAAAGAAAAAUUGAACUUGCCGUUUUGGAUGCGUGGGCUGAGGUAGUGCAAAGAUCCAUCACGUCGUCAAAUGAUGCGCUUUUCUCUUUUACCAGGAAAUAUUGGAGCAUUUUAGUCCCAUUAUGGAUCAUUUCUUUACGUGAAUACAUGAUGAUAAAGUAUAACGAUAAUGAUUCUACUGUGCAAGUAAAGAAUGACUCGAAAGAAAAUAGUCUCAUUGAACCAAGAAGUACGAAAAUUGAGUUAUAUGAACCGGUCUGGUUAAAUUUCGUAGAGGCCCUUGGGUGCACUCUGGAUUCAGACGUUCAAGUCAUUUUGGCAUCUCUUAACGAUGAGGAAUUAGAGUAUUUUCUUUUUAUUUUAUUUAGCCAAUGUUUGGAGGCUAUCGUCAAAAAUAUUGAUGAUCAUUCAGUCAAGAUGCAAGUUUUACCGGCUUUACACAAUGUUUUGAAGAGCAAUCUGUGCAUAAAAAGUAUAUUUGAGGAUGAUAUUAUUACUGAAGUUGUUGAGAUUAUGGACAGACUGAUUUCUACAGGCGACAGUAAAGAAGAAUUUUUGCUUGUUGAUAUCAUCAGUGACUUGAUCAUUGGGUAUUCGAAGUGUAAUGCUACUCCUGAAACAUUUCUACAAGAUAUUGACAAACUAUAUGAGCUACUGCGACUACUGAUGACAAUUAUUUCUGAGAGGUUGCCAUUUAUUAAGUAUAACGUGCUUACCAGCGAAGAAGAUGAUAAUGAAAUAAAAAUCUCUCCCACAGAUAUUAGUCUGUUGAAAAAAACAUUUAUUGCGUUCGAAUCAAAUAUCAGUAACUUCGACAAUAUGUUCAAAGUAGAUCUUUAUUCAUGUCUUUUAUUCAUCAUAGGGAAAAUUUAUGAAUGUAGUCAUCGUGAAGUAAUAAUUCCAAUCAUACUCCCACUUUUCAAGGCACUAGUAAAAGCGCUUACGGAAUCUGAGGACGAAAAAAAUAUUGUGUUACUAGAAAUAUUCUACGGGUCAAUAAAAGAUGUUAUUUAUCAUAAGCUGGAUUCAAAGAAUAAAGUUGCAACCAUUUUGAUCUUGCUGUCUAAUGGAUACUCUAAGCUAAGUUUUCAGGAACUGAAUCAGUGCGCAAAUAUUCUCUCGGAGGCAUUGAAUAAUCCUGCUACGCAGCCAAUUGCUCUACAAGGCUUCAAGAGAAUAAUAUCUAAUAUUUUCAAAUACCCGUUGUUGCAGUAUUUUAUGAAGUUGGUUAUAAAAAGAUUCUUUCAAGAUAUUCAAACAAACGAUUCCUUAUCGCAGGCAAGCAUUAAAACUAAGUUGAUAAUUCAGUUUUCCGAGGAAGUAAUCAAACAAGAUCACCAAAAGGCAUCAUUGUCAAUUGCUUUAUGUCUUUCUUUCUUUGCCGCAUAUCAUAGCGCAUAUACAGAGAAAAUAGACAACGAAGUAGCAAGUGGCAUAGUUGCUUUGGCUAAAUUGGACAAAAAUUCAUUUAAAGAAGCCAUUUCUAGCACUAUAAGUCCUCAACAAAAAGCAAUUAUAGGUUCCGUGAUGGAGGCAUACGUUAAAUCGCAGUCUUUGGGCUCUGUCGAAGAGGCCUUUCAACUGAAAUCUUUCGACUAA